AUGGCGCCUCCGCAGAUCUGUGUGAUUGGUUCCCUGAAUAUUGAUUUCGUCACCUACACCCCCCGUUGCCCCGAUGCUGGCGAAACCCUGACAGCCAAUUCCCUCGCCAUCAGCGCCGGCGGGAAAGGUGCCAACCAGGCAGUCGCGUGCGGUCGCGCCUCCUUUGUUUCCAAAGACAACCAAGAUGCAUCGGUGUAUAUGAUCGGAGCGGUAGGAGCGUGUGAUCCUUACUACUCGGCGCUCCUGCGCCCAACACUGGAGGGUUCCGGAGUUAGCACAACGGGAAUCCAGGAAAAGACGGACAGCCAAACGGGCUCUGCUACGAUCAUCGUGGAUGAAGGAGCCGGAGGAGAGAAUCGGAUCUUGUUUGUCCCCGGCGCUAACUACUCGGGAAUGGAUAAUGUAGAUGCGGUCCUCGCCACCACCCGGAAUAUCCAUCUAGAACAAGGCGUCGUCGUGAUGCAGGGCGAGAUCCCGAGGUCGACUACCUUGGAGCUGAUGAAGCACUUCAACGACCCUUCCUGCCCUUCUCACCUGGUGUUUAAUCCUGCGCCGGUCUUCACAGAAGGAAUCCCCCUCGCUGCACUUGCCGGCACGAGUGUGCUGGCCAUGAAUGAGACCGAAGCUGUCCUCAUGACUCAGGCGGUCAAGGAGCAUCUCACCCCUGCCCAGCAGGAGCAGGACCUAAAGCCCGAAGAGCUGGCACCUUUAUUCCACAAACAUGCUCAGGUUCAGAUCGUUCUAAUUACACUUGGAGCCAAGGGUGCCUUUUACUCCACGGCCACUGGCAAGCAGGGCUUUGCUCCCAGCGCCGCGGUGGAGAAGGUUGUAGACACCACUGCCGCCGGAGACACAUUUGUCGGUUACUUCGCUACUGCCUUUGCUAAGUUUGUUGCCACCGGUGCUCCACUGGCGGAAUUCGAUGCUCAGAUUGAAACGGCCGUUCGGAAGGCGAACGUGGCCGCCGCAGGGUGUGUCCAGAGGAAGGGUGCGAUGCAGAGCAUUCCGUUCGCUUAUGAGAUCUAG